AUGAGUCAGCAACAGCCAAGAAGGCCAGAAUCCCAUGAACAGAACAUGGAGCCUAUUAAAUAUGGUGAUGUGUUUCCGCAUGUUUCUGGUGAACUUGCAUCGAAACCUAUAUCCCCUCAAGAUGCUGCUAUGAUGCAGACUGCUGAGAAUUUAGUGCUUGGCCAGACUCAAAAAGGGGGUGCUGCUGCUGCUAUGCAAUCUGCAGCAACAAAAAAUGAAAGAGCUGGGCUAGUUGGUCAUACCGAUGUGACUGAUAUCACUGGCGAUCAAGGAGUUACUGUCGCCGAAACUGGUGCCCCAGGUAGGCGUAUCAUUUCCGAAUCAGUUGCAGGCCGGGUGAUCUCGGAAUACAGUAGGCCAGCGCCCAUAGCAGCGACAACAACAUCAACAGUAGAUAAAGAUGCAGUUACAAUAGGUGAAGCAUUAGAAGCGGUGGCAAUAACCGCCGGAGAUAAACCAAUAGACCAAAGUGACGCAGCAGCAAUACAAGCAGCUGAAGUUAGAGCGACUGGUAUCAAUGCCACCAUUCCUGGUGGUAUUGCCGCUGAAGCUCAAUCCGCCGCUAGUGCUAAUGCACAUUUGACUAACGACGAAGAGAAAACGAAACUCUCCGAUGUUCUCACGGAUGCGACAUCCACAUUGCCCAAGGAUAAAACUGUGACCAGCGAGGAUGCUGAAGGUGUGGUUAGUGCUGAGCUAAGGAACAAUCCUAAUAUGGCUACAUACCCUGGUGGUGUAGCUGCUUCUGUUGCAGCUGCAGCUAGGCUUAAUCAAGAACAGUAA